CAACACCGUCGCCAUCCGUACCUCAAGUAGCCAGCGCUCUCCAGCUCCGACACCUUCGCUUCCCCCGAACCUUGCAAUCCCCAGCAAACCCUCGCUGUCGACAGCUGCCCUUACGCACACCCCGCUGCCUAAUCCGCACAACCAGCCAUGCCCAGCGCCACGGGCCAGAACUGGGAGAAGUACCAGAAGAACUUCGCCGACGACGAAAUAGAAGAGAAGAAAAUCACGCCUCUGACCGAUGAGGACAUUCAAGUGCUGAAGACGUACGGGGCGGCGCCGUACGCGGCAGAGCUGAAGAAGCUCGAGAAGGAGAUCAAGGACAAACAGCAGACAAUAAACGAGAAGAUUGGUGUCAAGGAAUCAGAUACCGGUCUCGCACCACCACAUCUCUGGGAUAUCGCCGCCGACCGGCAACGAAUGCAAGAAGAGCAGCCCCUCCAGGUCGCCCGAUGCACGAAGAUAAUACAAGACGAGAAGGACCCCGAGAAGAGCAAAUAUGUCAUCAACGUCAAGCAGAUUGCCAAGUUCGUCGUCAAUCUCGGUGAGCGGGUAUCGCCGACGGAUAUUGAAGAGGGCAUGCGAGUCGGUGUGGACAGGAACAAGUACCAGAUCCUUCUCCCGCUACCGCCGAAGAUCGACCCAUCAGUCACCAUGAUGACAGUCGAGGACAAGCCCGAUGUAACAUACGGCGAUGUCGGAGGCUGCAAAGAGCAGAUUGAGAAGCUGCGAGAAGUCGUCGAAAUGCCCUUGCUCUCCCCAGAACGCUUCGUCAACCUCGGCAUCGACCCCCCGAAAGGCGCUCUGCUCUACGGCCCUCCCGGAACCGGCAAGACGCUCUGCGCCCGAGCAGUCGCCAACCGAACAGACGCCACCUUCAUCCGAGUUAUCGGCUCAGAACUAGUCCAGAAGUACGUUGGCGAGGGCGCAAGGAUGGUCCGCGAGCUCUUUGAGAUGGCGCGGACGAAGAAGGCGUGCAUCAUCUUCUUCGACGAAAUCGAUGCUAUUGGAGGUGCACGUUUCGAUGACGGCGCUGGAGGCGAUAAUGAAGUGCAGCGUACUAUGUUAGAGCUUAUCACACAGCUCGAUGGCUUCGACUCCCGUGGCAAUAUCAAGGUCAUGUUCGCCACCAACAGGCCGUCUACACUCGACCCUGCGCUCAUGCGUCCCGGCCGUAUCGAUCGAAAGAUCGAGUUCUCGCUACCGGACAUGGAGGGCCGCGCCAACAUUCUCCGUAUUCAUGCCAAGAGCAUGAGCGUGGAGCGCGAUAUUCGUUGGGAGCUCAUCUCCCGAUUGUGCCCGAACAGCACGGGUGCUGAGUUGAGAAGUGUAGCGACAGAGGCAGGCAUGUUCGCUAUUCGAGCAAGGAGGAAGGUUGCCACGGAGAAGGAUUUCUUGGCUGCAGUGGACAAGGUGAUCAAGGGCAACCUGAAGUUCAACUCAACAGCCACGUACAUGCAGUACAACUAGACGGAGAGCAGUCGGGAGGCGGAAACACUGCAUUUGGGGACCUGUACGAUAGCCUACGACAGCCAUAUAGACAUGGUUUGCUACAAGGUCGUGCGCGUAAUGCUAGUAGCCUGAUAUCAUCAACGUUGAUGACUUAUAUUGCGUUUAGCGUACUGCGCUCAUUAUUUGAGCGGUCUGUGACCUCACUAGACAAGUCCUCUGGUCAACCCUGAGUAGUCCUCAUAUCAUCAACGUGCUAUCCAUAAACAAUCACAAUGAAUUGGACCUUUUCCACUGAGAUAUAUACGAGAACACCGGCAAUAGAUCAAUCUUCCUUUAGACCUUCAUCCAAUAUACAUAGAAUACAGAACAAGUGCCUCUCCUACAUUUCUUUCAUUGGCUUAAUAUGUCCGCUUGAACGGCGGCACAGCCUUGCACU